GACUGCCAACACCCUGUGGUCUGUCUGUCCGGAGGGCACCCAGGUCUCCUCCAUCCCCACAGCCUGGACCGCAGGGAGGAGACGCCAUGGCCCCCACGUUCCCCGCCCUGCUCUGCCUCGGGCUGAGUGUGGGCCUGAGGACCCAGGUGCAGGCCGGGACCCUCCCCAAACCCACUAUCUGGGCUGAGCCGGGCUCUGUGGUCACCAGGGGGAGCCCCGUGACCAUCUGGUGUCAAGGGCCCCCGAAUGCCAACAGCUUCAGUCUGAACAAAGAGGGCACCUCAGCCCCCUGGAACACGCAGCCCCCAGUGGAGCCCUGGGACAGGGCCAACUUCUCCAUCAAGCGCGUCACAGAGCAGCAGGCAGGGAGGUACCACUGCUCCCACUUCAUCGGAGUUAACUGGUCAGAGCCCAGCGAGCCCCUGGAGCUGCUGGUGGCAGGAUGGCUCAGAGACAGCCCCUCCCUCUCGGUGCGGCCCGGCCCCUCGGUGACCCCAGGGGAGAAUGUGACCCUGCUGUGUCAGUCAGGAAACAGGACGGACACUUUCCUUCUGUCCAAGGAGGGGGCAGCCCAUCGCCCCCUGCGUCUGCGCUCCCAGGACCAAGACGGGCAGUACCAGGCUGAGUUCUCCUUGAGCCCUGUGACCUCAGCCCACGGGGGCACCUACAGGUGCUACCGCUCACUCAGCACAGACCCCUACUUGCUGUCCCAGCCCAGUGAGCCCCUGGCCCUCGUGGUCUCAGACUACACGGUGCAGAAUCUCAUCCGGAUGGGCCUCGCGGCCUCGGUCCUGCUGCUCCUCGGGAUCCUGCUCUGCCAGGCUCAUCAUGACCACGGAGGAGCCCAAGACAAGGCCCGGAGCUGA